AUGUCGCUGGCGCAUCAUUUGCGCACUGUAGGGCGCAUGCCUGACCAUGCAGCGGAAUGCGGCUUUUCAGUGCACCAACAGCGGCACCUUCAAACAACUCUAAUAUUGCAACAUGUCAGCGCAUAUCUCACUACACUUUCGUUCGGACGUGCAGCUCGUCGGUUGUCUUCUACUUCUACUUCGCCCAAUCAUGCUAUUGUCAACAGUGUGAUAAAAAGUAUAGAUGCUUGUCGUCGCUCCUUCUGGGAACCUCAAAGAUUUCUUGCAACAACUUCCUAUACGCAAACAUGCUCAAACACAACAACCCCAAUAAGUACGGUUGUGGGUAAGGUCAAGAACGAUAAGGGUACCUCUAGGUUUUUGUCAACUAUGGAGAAAUCGUUACAAACUCUUAACAAAAGAGCUAUAAUUCAACUCCCGUUAACUUGCAAAACGAUCAAUAGAACAUCGCCCAGAAAUAACACUAAUGAACAUAAGGAUGUAGAGUAA